CUCUAUCCAGUCUCUAGUAAUAGAUUUAUUUAAUUUAAAUCCUGCUUUAUGUUUUACGAAGUGCAUAAUAUACCAGAUAUGGCUCUUUUUAACAUAAAGUAGAUACGUGGCCAUAUAUAAUCUUUAUUUUAUCUAUGGCGAGUGAGCUGAUGUGUACAUUGGGAAUAAACUAUUUGAUGUCACUUUGCUUCUAUCAAAUGAAAUAUACUCUGUAAUGAAUUAGCUCUAAAAACUAAACUGUGUAAACAUUUUAUAAAUGUUGUUUAAAGGUGGAAAUGCAAUGAACUGUAUGUUACUAAAAUAAAGUUAAAACUGUAUUUCUCCAUUCUUAGGUAUCAACUGUUUGUGGAAGCUUUUCCCCCAACUCCUACCUUUUAGCAGCAGAGCGAUGGCUGACUGAAAUUUUACUUCACUAAUCCACCUUUUUGUCAUCCACGAUAUCAAAUACCAGUAUUAUCACACACUAGUAGACAGUCUAUUCAAGCAACAAGUGUCAGAAGAGGUCUUUGUGAAUAAUGGAUGAGGACUCGAUAGUGGCAAAUGAAGAAAAUCUCACACAAACUCACAAGUCAACAAAGCAAGAAGAGAUGGUGACUGAAUGUGUGACUCAGGACGGCAAAGCGAACCUAAAAACCAUAAAAACAGAAAUGCCAUGUGAAAGCGAUCAUAAAACUGAUGAAAACAAAGUUGAUAUCAAUCAUACAGCACAACCCCUUAUAAGCUUAUACACUGAUUUUGAUCAUUCCAGAUGUGUACUUGAUGUUAAGUGUGAAACUGCUGACACAGAUAACCACAGCUUGGCUGCUGAGAAAUGUGUCAAUCUUGGAUCCCACCUUCUAAAGCCCCGGAAAGUUUACAUAAGAGAGAAGAUGUUAUCGUGUUUUGAAUGUGGAAAAUGGUAUGCCUCAAAAUCGGAGCUUGCUAGGCAUCAAAUAACUCACACAGGUGAAAGGGCAUUUGCCUGUUCUGAAUGUGGGAAAUGUUUUACCAGAAAGUCAUCUCUUGUUGCUCAUGUGAGGAUUCACACGGGUCACAAACCAUUCACUUGUUCAACAUGUGGCAGAUCUUUCCCCCAAAGCUCCAAUCUUGUUGUACAUGAGAGAAUUCACAGAGGAGAAAAACCUUUUUCAUGUUCGGAAUGUGGUAAAUGCUAUUCCACAAAGUCAUAUCUUCUUACACAUCAGAAAAUUCACACUGGUAAUAAGCCUUUUGCAUGUUCUGAAUGUGAAAAAUGUUUCCCCACAAGAUCUGACCUUAGACGGCAUGAGAGAACACACACAGGAGAAAAACCGUAUAGUUGUUCUGAAUGCGGAAAGUGUUUCACCACUAGCUCUUACCUUGUAACACACGAGAGAAUUCAUACAGGAGAAAAACCCUUCUCAUGUUCUGAAUGUGAAAAAACUUUUGCUCAGCCUUCAAGUCUCUUUUUACACGAGCGAAUUCACAUAGGUGAAAAGCCAUUUUCAUGUUCAGAAUGUGGAAAAUGUUUUUCCCAAAGUGGAAGUCUUCUUAUACACGAGAGAAUUCACACAGGAGAGAAACCAUUUACAUGUUCUGAAUGUGGGAAAAGUUUUAGUACAAAGUCAUAUCUUGUUACCCAUGAGCGCAUUCACACAGGAGAAAAGCCAUUCUCAUGUUCUGAAUGCCGAAGAUCUUUUACCUCAAAGUCAGAGCUUACUAUACACAAGAGAAUUCACACGGGAGAAAAGCCUUUUGUGUGUACCGAAUGUGGAAAAUGUUUUUCAAGAAAAUCGGGGCUUAACCGACAUGAGAGAUGUCACACAGGAGAAAAACCUUUUUCAUGUUCAGAAUGUGGGAAAUGCUUUUCCCACAGAACUAAUCUUUAUGUACACAAGAAAAUACACUCAAGGUCAGAUCUGUAUGAAUGUAAUGAAUAAUAAAAAUGCCAACAUCACUUUCUGUAUAGCAAAUACUUGUUUUUCCAAAAUAUAUAUUUUACACGUUUGUAUGUAAGAAAAACAUUAACGCUAUAGUACAUUAGACAAAGUUCCCAUAUGGUUGACUGUUGGGUGUUAUUUUUGUCUUUUUAAUGGCUAUGGAAGUUCCACUUCAAAUGGAGGUACACUAAGUAAAUGGCUGUUUCCUUGGAUGUUUGACCAUUUUUUUCUUUGGUUCUCAAAUUCUGCUCACAGGAUUGACUUACAAUUUGGAUAUGUGUAGUGUGAGUACACUUAUGACAAGCGUAUGGUUUUCCAAUGUACUACAGAUAUGUUAUAUGGUGACAUUCUGACUUUUCUGCAUAAUCGAGGGACCACAUGGUAAUGCUGAAAAGUGAAGCAGAAGUGUUGUGUGCAAAAUGGAACCUCGAUUUUUUUUUAUUCACGAUGGACGUUUCAUUAAAAGCAUGACAACUCAUGGAGGAACUCAUGUUACCUAGAGCUUUGUAUCAUGAAAUUGUUAUUUCUAUAUUUAGAUGUAUCUGAACAUUAUAUGCAUUCUUAAAUGUUGACAUUAAGUAAAACUUUUUGGUGGGGGUUACCAUGGUCCUUGUGAAUCACUUAACCCAUAAGAACCAUCCAAAUUGUAUGUAGCAGUACUUUCAUUGGUAAAGAUAUAAAAAAUUGUGUCCCAGGCAAUGAUCGUGACUAUUCAGGUUCCGCUUUGUUUUUUCAUUUGGAUGAGUACUGUGAUUACAUUUAUGACUAUUUGUUUUCACUUGAAUAUAUUUGUAAGUAUUUUUUAAUUGCAUAUUAUACACAUAUAUAUAUAAUUACACUAACAGUCUUAAGAAAGUAAUAUCAAUCAUAUAUAAUAAAACAUUACGUUAUUCAUUACAUUGUUGUAAAAAAUCACACUCAAUCUCAUUCAUAAGUACGCAAGAGUCACAAGAAUAUGACAACAAACUAACUUGCAUUUUGGGGUGGGAGAGCAGCAUAGAUGGAACCAAUCAAUACAUUUUUGGCACUAUCCCAUCGGGGGUCAUUCUUUAGAAAUAGAAUUAAUCCAGGGGGUCCAUAUCUUAAGAUACGGUGAAAUGUGUUCAUUAAAGGACCACUAUAGUGCCAGGAAAACA